AUGGAGAGGAGGGAUUCAUUGGAUGGAACAAUGGCAUCAACAACAAAUAGGCAUGAUGCCGAGUCAUUGCUGGGAACUGAAUUUGAGGUGUUCUUGAAUUUUAGAGGGCCUGACAUUCGCCUGAAUUUUGCCGACUGCCUCUAUCACUCCAUGGAUGGUGCUGGGAUUCGUGUUUUCAGAGACGAUGAAGAGAUCAGAAAAGGCGAAGCUAUUGGAGGCAUACUGGAGAACGCGAUUAAGAGCUCCAAAAUUUGUAUGCCCAUCUUCUCUAGAAACUAUGCAUCUAGUCCGUGGUGUCUUCGCGAGCUUGCUUGCAUGGUGGAUUGCUUGAGAAAAAGAGAUGGCAAAGUGAUGAUCUUGCCAGUUUUCUUUGAUGUGAAUCCUGAUGAUGUCAAACUCAAAACCGGUUUGUACCAUGACGCUCUACACAAGCACGAGCAGAAGUUUGGCUGCCAUGUAGUGCAGCAGUGGAAAGAGGCUCUGAGAGAGAUUGUCGAUGAUAGACUGUUGAUGCAUAACCUCCUUAGAGAUCUUGGAAGAGAAAUUGUUCGACAAGAAAAUCUCCAAGUUCCUGAGAAGCGUAGUAGACUAUGGUGUCCUAAAGUUGCGUUGGACAUAGUGCAGACUAGAAAGGCAAAUCGUGACUUGAAAGUUAUACAUCUCAUGAGAUGCUAUCUCUUGACAACUCCUGACUUCUCAACAUGCUUGAAUUUGAAGAUACUAGUUCUUGAUGAACAUUGUCCAAAGUCACUACAAAUUGGUAGCUCUAUUGGCAAGUUAGAGCACCUAAAGCACUUAGAAAUAAUUGCAGCCCAAGUUCAACCAUCAAGGCUGUUAGCAGGUCAUCAUUUUGACUUGUUUGCAGUGCCAUCUGCAAUAUGCGGUCUAAAAUAUCUGUCAAGUCUAAAGCUAGAGGGGCAGUGUAUGCGAGAGCUUAAUCCAUCUAUUGGAGAGAUGGCAGGUUUGACAUGUUUGUCUUUAAAGGGUUGUAAUCAGCUCAGAAUACUUCCAGAAUCCAUUGGGAAAUUGAAAUCGUUGCUCCAAUUGAAUUUGUUGUACACAAGAAUCAAAGAGUUGCCAGUUUCUAUUGAAGAUCUCAAAAGGUUGGAGGAAAUGAAUUUGGGAUUCACUCAGAUAAGGGAGCUACCAAACUCCAUUGGAGGACUAAAAUCAUUGCUCAGCUUAAACUUGCAGCAUACAAAGAUUACAGAACUACCUGCUUCUAUAGGAUAUCUUAAAAGGCUUGAGUGCUUAUUUAUGGCUGGGAGUAAGAUAAAAGAAUUACCGAAGGUUAUAGGGAUGUUGGAGAAUCUUAGAGUAUUGGAAUCCCGCAAUUGCAAAAAUCUCGAUGGGGAAAUCCCAAGCGAGAUUGGGCGAGUCUCCACGUUGGAGGUGCUAGACGUAUCAGGCAGCAAGGUGAGCAGAGUGCCAACCACCAUUAAUCAGCUAUCUUAUCUUCGAGAACUUCGUUUCGGAGAUUGUCAUAAGCUUGAAAGGUUGCCCGAACUUCCUGCAAGCCUAAAAGUUCUCUGUUUUGGAGCGGGGACUGUGCUUGGCACCCCUGGACAAACUUCAUCCAAGUGGAUGGGGAAGUCAGCAAAACUGGAGGAUUGGAAUAUCACAUGGCCUCCUCAGCUUUGGGCACUUAGCAUAUAUUGUGAUGAUCCUCGAUCUCUCACAGGGCUCCCUACCAGUCUUUCUCUUUUGGAAUUAAGAGAUGUCCAGUCACCGAUAAAACAGCCAUUCUUUUUCCAAUUUGAGAUAUUUGAAACAUUUGUCCAAGUUAACACUCUUCAGAUGUUGGUUGAAAGAGAUCGAGUUUUAUCAACUAGAGAAUCUCCUUCGUUUGAAUGUGGUUGA